UCCCACCACCAUUUUCCACAGUCAAAACCCUAACACUCAGCUGCAUUUCGCGGCACAGUUCGCUUUCUGUUAUUAACAGGUAACAACCAACGAACUCUCUCUACAUCGGUCCGAAAGAGAGCAUCAAUGGCGAAGAAGAAGGAGAAGAAAGUGAACGUGUCCGGGAAGCCGAAACACUCCCUGGACGUGAACCGCAACAAUGGCGCCGCCACCAAGGAAAACACCCGCUCCGCCUCCACCGUCCGCCGCCUCAAGAUGUACAACACGAGGCCCGUCCGAGACCGCAAGGGCAAGAUCCUCAGCCACGAUCUGCAGUCCAAGGACCUGCCCGCUACUCGCAUCCAGCCUGACCGCCGCUGGUUCGGUAACACUCGCGUGGUGAAUCAGAAAGAGCUUGAGGUCUUCAGGGAAGAGCUGCAAAGCCGAAUGUCAAGUAACUACAAUGUUAUUCUGAGGGAGAAGAAGCUUCCCUUGUCGCUCCUCAGCGAUCACCAGAAGCAAGCAAAGGUUCACCUUCUUGAUAGAGAGCCUUUCGCGAAUGCAUUUGGGCCAAAGACUACGAGAAAGCGCCCAACCCUCUUGGCUGCUGAUUACGAGUCCUUCGUUAAGAAAGCUGAUGGUUCUCAAGAGGCUUUUGAACAGAAGUUUGGUGCUAGUGGAUCUUCAGAUGCUAAUGAAGAAGAUGGAUUUAGGGACUUAGUGCGGCAUAAUAUGUUUGAAAAAGGUCAAAGUAAACGUAUUUGGGGUGAACUCUACAAGGUCAUUGAUUCUUCUGAUGUUGUUGUCCAGGUUCUAGAUGCUAGGGAUCCACAAGGCACAAGAUGUUACCAUUUAGAGAGGCAUUUGAAGGAACAUUGCAAGCACAAACAUAUGAUUCUUUUAUUGAACAAGUGUGAUCUACUUCCUGCUUGGGCUACAAAAGGAUGGCUUAGAGUUUUGUCAAAAGAAUAUCCAACUCUAGCAUUCCAUGCAAGCAUUAAUAAGUCCUUUGGAAAGGGUUCACUUCUAUCAGUUCUAAGACAAUUCUCUCGAUUGAAAAGUGACAAGCAAGCUAUAUCUGUUGGAUUUGUUGGAUAUCCAAAUGUUGGAAAAUCUUCAGUGAUCAAUACAUUGCGUACAAAAAAUGUCUGCAAGGUUGCUCCAAUUCCAGGGGAAACAAAAGUCUGGCAGUAUAUAACACUUACAAAGAGGAUCUUUUUGAUUGAUUGUCCAGGAGUUGUUUACCAAAACAAGGACUCUGAAACAGAUGUUGUCCUUAAGGGCGUGGUACGUGUUACAAACUUGCAAGAUGCUGCAGACCAUAUAGGUGAGGUCUUGAAACGUGUGAAGAAGGAGCACCUGAAAAGAGCGUAUAGAAUAAAUGAGUGGGUGGAUGAAAAUGACUUCCUACUUCAGCUUUGUAAAUCAACGGGAAAACUUCUUAAGGGUGGGGAGCCUGACCUGAUGACCGCAGCAAAGAUGAUUCUUCAUGAUUGGCAGAGGGGAAAGAUACCAUUUUUUGUUCCUCCUCCACGACUAGAUGACUUACCUGAGGAAACCAAUGUCAAUGGUGUAGACAUAGAUGAAGCAGUUGAUGCCAACCAGGCAUCUGCAGCUAUGAAAGCUAUUGCAAAUGUUCUAUCAUCCCAACAACAAAGAAAUGUGCCUGUUCAAAAGGACUUGUACAAUGAGACUGAGUUGCAAGGAGAAACAGCCGACCAACUUCAAAAUAUGGAGGAUAAUUCAGACGAAGAGAACUCAACGUCUGACAGUGACACAUCUGAGCAGGAUCCAGCUACUGAUGCCCCACCUGAGAAGCUUCCUUCUACAUAGCAGGUUCCCUUCAAACGAGCCAAAGUUCCAGUUGCAGUCGUAGCCUUUGUGGAAUUAUGUAUCAAAUCACAAGUUGCUUGAAAAUCUGGAAAGAGCAUGCCCCUUUCCCUUCAUUUUGAUUCUGUUUCCUUGCAUAGGCUGGUACUUAUGUUGGGAGUUGGGACAUCAUCUUCUGCGUCACAUAUACACAUGUCAAAUGCAUCAGUUUUGUUCUCAGCUGUUCUGUUUGGUCAUGUAAAUCAAAGCUCGAGUGAAAGUCAACGAUGAUUUUGGUUCAUAUAUCAUAGUGAAUAUUCUAUUAUAUAGAAAAUAGGAAAUUGCUGGAUUUUGUUUCCUUGAGCAGGAGUUUUAGUGGUAUAGUUUUGUAAUUUGUAUGGAAAUUUUGUUUAAUCUUGUUGCACAUUUACUAUCCUAAUUGUGAUUUGUGAACUAGGGAACAUUUAUUUAUUUUUAUUCAAUUUAAUAUUAUCAUAUUGCCAUCCA